AUGCCCGCGGCAGACAUCACUCAAGACAACACCGACGCUCGAGUCGACGAAACAACCGCCUUACUUGCUCCGUCAGCUGACCAACCUACUUCCCGUGAGGACGACGAUGAUGACCACGAGAAUCAAGUCGCCAAUGGCGCCAACGGCAAGGGAGAAGACAGGCCGCUGCCCAAGGAUCAAAUCCUCCUCCUCUGCUUCGCGCGCCUGGUCGAACCCGUCGCCUUCUUCUGCAUCUUUCCUUUCGUCAAUCAGAUGAUAUGGGACACUGGAGAAGUUGCUGAGACGGAUGUUGGGUUCUACAGUGGAUUGAUCGAGUCGUUGUUUUCACUGACGCAAAUGCUGCUUAUGAUUCCCUGGGGCAAAGCCGCCGACCAUUUUGGAAGAAAACCAGUUCUGGUCGGCUCGUUGGGCGGCGUGGCUGUGGCAACCGCCGUCUUCGGACUGAGCAAGACGAUAUGGCAGAUGAUCGUGUUUCGAUGCUUCGCCGGCCUCUUCGCCGGGACGAUUGUGACCAUUCGAACGAUGAUCACCGAGAACAGCACACACAAAACCCAGGCUAGAGCAUUCAGCUUCUUCGCCUUCACAGGAAACCUAGGCAUCUUUCUCGGUCCCUUGCUCGGAGGCGCGCUCGCUAGUCCAGCGACGGAAUAUCCGUCUGUGUUUGGACACAUCAAGUUCUUCCGCGAGUACCCAUAUGCACUACCCACGUUUGUGACAGGCUCAAUCGGCCUGGUGGCAACGGUCACCAGCGCAAUGGGUGUCAAAGAAACACUCGUGCGCUCCCCGAAGAAGGCGUCUAGCGACUCCGGAAAAGAAAUGUCUAUCCUAACCCUCCUCCGCUCCCCGAACGUGCCGAUAACUCUGUACAUCUACGCGCACAUCAUGCUUCUGGCCUUCUCCUAUACGGCCAUCAUCCCAGUGUUUUUCUUCACUCCGGUUCACCUAGGCGGGUUUGGCUUCUCGCCCUUCCUCAUCUCGCUCUUCAUGGGUCUUGGCGGCCUGUCCCAGUCGCUCUGGCUGCUCAUCGCAUUCCCAUGGCUCCAGGCCCGCUGGGGCACGAAGAGGGUCAUGGUCCUCUGCGCGACCGCCUACCCCUUCUUCUUCGCCUUAUACCCCGUCUGCAACCUGCUGCUGCGGUACCGCGUGAUGGCGGCGUUCUGGACCGUGGCCCCCAUCUCCCUCACCAUUGGAUCCGGCGUCGCCAUGUCCUUCACCGCCAUCCAGCUCGUCUUAAACGACGUCUCCCCCGGCCCCGAGGUGCUCGGAACCCUCAACGCCGUGGCGCUGACGCUGGUGAGCGGGAUAAGGGCCUUCUCUCCCGCGCUGUUUGCCAGUCUGUUCGCGGCGAGCGUGCGGAGCCGCGUGCUCGGCGGCCAUGUGAUUUGGAUCUUGAUGGUGCUGUUGGCGCUAGGCUUUACGGUUAUCAGCCGCUGGAUCCCCGAGCCGGGAAAAGAGGAGCAAGAGAGAAGGAAGCAUGUAGUUGGGCACGGGAAUGGGAAUGUUCAUGGCAAUGGGAUCGUCAACGCAGCAGCGGAGGAGUGA